GAUUGUUACACACAAAUCACGUGUUAAUCGGUGUAAAUAUUACUUUAGUGAUAAAAUUACGGGCGGGUCAAUUGAUAUUAUUAAUACAUUAAUGCUUAUUGGUGGAGGUAGAGUUGCAUUUAAUAUAUUACUGUAUGAUUUUGUAUGGAUUAAAUAAAUAAUUUGAUGAAUAUUUUAUUUAUGGAAUAAAGCUUAGAGUUUGUAGCUAAUGGAUUGGAUGGUUGCGUGUGCUACUAUUAAAAUAAUUUAAUUACUCUAUAUAAUAAAAGAUUGCAUAAAAUCUUUUUCGUGUGUUUGUUUUGCAUAAAAUAUAAGCUACAUUUUUAUAAUGUGUAAUUUUUUAAGGUUUCUUAAUUUAUGAUUAUUUAAUUUGGGUUGUUUGUUGCUGGAAUUUUUGUACUACUAUACAUGUAUUAGUAAAGUGGUUGAAGUUUGCAGCAUUUCACUACUAGAAUUCAAUGGGAGUAGUUUGAUUAAUACCAACCUACAGUACAUUAAUUAUCUUGAUUUAAAAAGGAAAAAAAAAAGUAGAAUGAAUUAGGGUUUAAUUUUGGGGAUGAUUUGGGACCACAAUUAGGGUUAAAGCUCAAAAAUUGGAACCAAUUUUUAUGAACUAUGAAUCCUGGGUUUGGAACAUUCUAUUUAUAGUAAUCAAUUUUUAAAAAUGGGUUUCUCAAGUACUAAAAGUGAUUUAGUGGGGGUACCCGUGAUGGGGCUAAGGUGAGAAUGUGAAAUGUGGGGGUCCAAAAAGAUUUUUUUUUCACUGUUCUUGUGAUUUUUGGUUCAGGGGUGAAUCAACUUUGGACUGAUUGAAAAUUUUCAUGAACUUUUCACAAUUUUGUUGGAAUGUGGUUGUCAUGUUUGUGCUUUUUUUUUUUUGGUUCUUUUGUUUUGAAAGAUUAGUGGGGGUUUGUGUUCUUAAUAUGUAAUUAAGGUGGGUAAUAUAAUUACAUUAGUGUGUUAUAGUUGAUGUUUUACUUCUGAGAGUAGAAAUUGGGGUAAGGAUGCGAAAGAGAGUAGAAAAAGUGCCUUUCUUGAGAGUUUAUCAACUCUUUAAUGGUAGUAUAGUGAGGGUGGAAAAAUUGAUGAUGAAUUACCUUUAAAUUUGUAUAUAUUUCAUAUAACGUAUCCUCCAUUUUUAUAGGGUUUUAAUAUGAUACUUUGUGCAUAUGCAGGGAUGCUACUCUGAAGUAUUGAGCUUGUAUAGAAUGAUGAUUCAGAGCCUGGUUUUAGUGCUGCUUAUGCUAUGUGCAGCCAAUGGUUCCAGUGAUAUUGAUAUAGUCACUUCUCUACGGAAGGGUUUAAUCCAGAGAAAAGAAAUGAUUCCUAGCUGGUUUUACCCAGAGUCUCCUGUGUGUAACUGGACAGGUGUAGUAUGUGAAGGCUCGGACAUCCUUGGGCUUAGUAUUCCUUGUAGAUCUUCACCGCUAGACCUUCCUCUUUCUAGUACCAUAGGGGAGCUAAAACAAAUGAAGUAUCUUAAUCUCAGUCAGUGUGGGUUCAAUGGCAUUAUUCCUGAUAAUGUCUGGAGUCUCAAGGAACUCAUGAUUCUGGACCUGAGUGGCAAUGGGUUCUCUGGAACUCUACCUUCAAAAGUGUCCAACCUGAAAAAUCUCAGGCAACUUGUACUUGAUGGAAACAACUUGUCUGGUAACUUGCCUUCAUCAAUUGGCCUUCUAACUGAUCUUAUGGAGCUUUCUGUUGAGGAAAACUUCCUCUCUGGGAAUCUUCCGGCAGAGCUUGGAAAUCUUUCAAAAUUGGAGUCACUUGAUAUUUGUGCAAACUCUUUCUCUGGUGUCCUCCCUUCGAGUUUGGGUAAUCUUGCAAGUCUGUUGUACUUUGAUGCUAGUAACAACAAAUUUAGUGGUCCUAUCUUCUCUGGGUUAGGAAAUUUAACAGGCCUUGUAAGGAUUGAUCUCUCCUGGAAUUCCAUCAGUGGAACCAUACCGACUGAUAUUGGGAAUUUGAGAAAUCUGACUUCAAUGAAUCUGAUGGGCAAUGUCAUUAGUGGAGUAAUACCAUCAUCUGUUGGCAAUCUCAAGGCACUUCAGUUGCUUAAUGUCCAGAACUGCAGACUUACAGGUGCCAUACCUGAAGAAUUGACUGAGCUAUCAAACUUGGGUUACCUGGGUAUAGGACAGAACUCUUUUGUGGGAGAAUUGCCAGAAAGCAUUGGAAAAAUGACCAGCUUAAAGCAGUUUCUUGCUGGAAAUGCAGGGUUGAGUGGGGACAUCCCUGGACAACUGGGUAACUGCAAAAGGCUGAUUGAUUUAGAUCUUUCCGUUAAUUCUUUCUCUGGUCCUUUACCGGAUGGUCUUGCUGGGAUGGAUUCCCUUCGAUCUCUAAUGCUUCAGUCUAACCACUUGUCAGGGAUGAUCCCAAGGUGGAUUUCCAACUGGAAGCAAGUAGUAUCUAUAAAUAUGGCUGAGAACCUCUUCACAGGGUCUAUUCCACCACUCAAUCUGCCUAAACUGAUGUUCCUUGACAUGAAUUCUAACAUGCUUUCUGGUGAGUUGUCUUCAGAAAUAUGCAAUGCAAAGUCAAUAAGUACCCUGUCAUUGUCCAACAAUAAUUUCAGUGGAAGCAUUGAGAAUACCUUCAGAAAUUGUAGUGGUCUAAGUGAUUUGACAUUGUCGAUGAACAAUCUUUCCGGUGAGUUGCCUGGUUACUUAGGUGAUCUUCCUCUCAUCACCCUGGCAUUGUCAAAGAACAGAUUUGAAGGAAAGAUUCCAGAUCAGUUAUGGGAGUCAAAAUCUCUGAUAGGAUUAAUUCUUGACAACAAUUUGCUUUCCGGAGUGAUUUCUCCAGCUCUUGCCAAGGUUCAGACAUUGCAGAGACUGCAAUUAGGCAAUAAUUUAUUUGAAGGGACCAUCCCAACUGCCAUUGGGAGAUUGAGGAACCUGACCAACCUCUCUCUGCGCGGUAACCUGCUAACAGGAGAGAUCCCUGUGGAGCUCUUCAACUGCACAAGCCUAGUAUCCUUGGAUCUUGGUUCAAACAGUCUUACUGGUCAAAUUCCAAAAUCCAUUAAAAGAUUGAAACUGCUGGAUAAUUUGGUAUUAGCCCGGAAUAACUUAUCUGGUUUCAUUCCUGAAGAGAUUUGCUCUGGAUUCCGAGAGGGGCCCUUGCCAGAUUCCGAGUUCACUCAGCAUUAUGGCAUGCUUGAUCUCUCCUACAACAAGUUUUUGGGUCCAAUUCCUGCAUCAAUUGGUCAAUGCUCUAUAAUUAGGGAGCUGUUACUACACAAUAAUGAGCUGAAUGGAAGCAUUCCUUCUGAAUUAUCUAGUCUUUCUAACUUGAGCUUGCUGAAUUUGUCCUCCAAUCAUUUAACUGGUCCAGCCAUACCCAAAAUGUUCACAUUGAAGCAACUUCAGGGCCUUAUCCUUUCACACAACGAGCUUACUGGCUCUAUUCCAGAUAAUUUGUCCUCGUCAAUGCCUAGCUUAACUGAGCUGGAUAUUUCAUGGAACUUUCUCAGUGGUUCAUUGCCGCCUUCUGUGUUCAGUUUUGAAAGCCUUAGCUACCUUGAUAUCAGUGCAAAUUCCCUUACAGGAACUGUCCCUUGCCACAUGGCAUCUGCCAGCUUGCUGGUACAUCUAAAUGCUAGCAACAACCAUUUUUCUGGCCCCCUUUGUGACUCCCUUUCAAACCUAACCACCCUUUCCUCUCUAGACCUGCACAACAAUGCAUUGACAGGAAGCCUUCCACCCUCUAUAUCAAACCUUGCUGCUUUGACAUACCUAGAUCUUUCUGGUAACAAUUUUGGAAAUUAUGUUCCAUGCAACAUCUGUGACAUUGAAGACCUCUCCUUUAUCAAUCUCUCUGCCAACAGAUUUCUGGGAAUUGUGCCUGAGUCCUGCACUGAUCAUAAAGGACCAUGCUUAGCCUCUGGUCCUCCACGAACUUUGAAACAAGCCCCUAUUUGGGGUAUUAUAAUAGGGGUCUUAGUUGUCCUUAUUGUUCUGGUCAUCUGUGUGGGCAGACAUCUGAUAUUGAAGCACAAAGUGGCCCUUCGUGACUGUAAAAAGUGUGAGCUUGUAAGUACAGCUGAGCGGUCUGAUGAUGAGCUCAUGUGUAAAAAGUCAAAGGAGCCAUUGAGCAUUAAUAUUGCUACUUUUGAGCAUUCUCUCACCCGCUUAAGCCCUGCAGAUAUAUUAUCAGCCACUGACAACUUCAGCAAGAUGUUCAUAAUCGGUGAUGGUGGAUUCGGUACAGUUUACAAGGCAUCCCUGCCAGAAGGGCGAACCAUAGCUGUCAAGCGGCUUAAUGGAGGACAUUUUCAUGGUGAUCGAGAAUUUCUAGCUGAGUUGGAGACUAUCGGAAAGGUUCAACAUGAAAACCUGGUUCCAUUAUUUGGGUAUUGUGUCUUUGCUGAGGAAAGGUUUCUAGUGUAUGAAUACAUGGAGAAUGGGAGCCUUGAUGUGUGGUUGAGAAACCGAGCUGAUGCAGUGGAAGCCCUCAAUUGGCCCACUCGUUUUAAGAUUUGUUUGGGAACUGCCCGGGGCAUUGCCUUUCUGCAUCAUGGGUUUGUGCCUCACAUCAUUCACAGGGACAUCAAAUCCAGCAACAUAUUACUGGAUCACAACUUUGAGCCCAAAGUCUCGGAUUUUGGCCUGGCCAGAAUAAUCAGUGCUUAUGAGAGCCAUGUCAGCACCAUUCUUGCUGGCACAUUUGGGUAUAUACCUCCUGAGUAUGGACAGUCUAUGGUGGCAACAACUAAAGGUGAUAUUUACAGCUUCGGUGUGGUGAUGCUGGAGUUGGUCACUGGUAGGGCACCAACAGGGCAAGCUGACAUCGAGGGUGGUAACUUGGUUGGUUGGGUUCGGGUGAUGAUGGCCACCCAUCGAGAAGAUGAGGUGCUCGAUUCAUACAUCCCAUCUGUCGCAAGGUGGAGGCGUCAGAUGUUGCAGGUCCUCAGCAUUGCCCGAAUAUGCACCAAUGAUAAUCCUGCUAAGAGGCCUACUAUGCUUGAAGUUGUCAAGCUGUUGAAGGAGAUUAAAAUUGAGAGUUAGAAGGAAAAAUAAUUUCCCAUAUGUAGUGUAAGUUGGGAACUGUAAUCUGAAGCUGAGUUUGCUAGGAGCUAGGAUCUGUAUAUAAAUGACGAGAAUUAAAAAAUUUAUUGGGGCAUUCAAUUUGAAUGAAAUCACGCCCCUAUUCCGGAAUCUUAACCAAUUAAUGAAAUUUCUCUUCAUUUUUAUCUGAA